AUGGCGGGCAGGCUGGAGCAGGUCGCCAGGAUGAGGCGGCGGCCGGCCGGCGGGGCGUGUUUCAGCGCUGGCCUCACGGGCAGGGAGAAUGCCGUGGGUUCCCUUCCCGUGGUGGGUUUCCUCCUGUCUGCCGGGGAAGGCUGGCUUCCACGGCGGCAGCUUGCUUCGGUGAAAAUGCGGUGCCCCUUGCGAGGAGCAGCAUCGGGAACUCGCCCUGGGCUAGCCCUUGCUGCAGCGGGUGGGCCAGCGGCAGCGCCCGGCGCCUCGUCCCCGCGGCGGGACGGGCCAGGGCUGAAGGAGGUUUGUCAGAGACAGGGCGCUUUCCCCGGGGAAGGAGGCCCCCUCCAGCCGGGAGCUGGGCCGCCCCUGCCGUGGGGUCUCCGUCCCGGGCUGGGGGCCGGUGCUGCGUGCCCCUGGGCUGCAGGUGCCCCCCGGCUCCCAGCCGACUCCGCGAAACGGCCGGCGGCUGAUGGCACCCCUCACGGAGGGCUGCAGAAGCUGGGACUGCGUGCCCGGCUCGUCGCCUUAAUGCGACCGGACAGCGGAGCUGUCGAAAAUGAAGACUCAGCCCCGAAGACAGAGCCUGCAGAUCAGCUGGUUGAUUCUUUGGAGUCCAGUUCUUCGCAGAGUGGGUCGCAGAUUGGGUCACUCGUGAGUGCAGGCACGACAGAGGAUUCGAAAGAAGCUGGCGCUUUGGAGGACCGCGAGGUGGCUGAACAAGAGGAGAAGCUGCCUGACCAAAUCCAGUCCCUCAAAGAGGAAUCUGUUGUUCGGAUAACCAACUAUCAUGUACCUCAAGGAGCGGGGGAUAUAGUCAUGAUUCAGUCAGAUCACACUGGUGCUGUGGAUAUCCUUUCAGCUGAGCUGGAGACUGCAGACCUCCUUGGGGAGCAGAGGAAAGCUCAGCCUCCCCCUCUGGCUCCACCCACCAUGUGGACCACUGAGAAGACGAAGGAAUUCAAAGCCAAGAUGGGAAAGGAGAAGAAUGGCCGGAUGGUGGUGAAGCGAGGCGAGGUGGUGACAGUCCGCGUGCCAACCCAUCCUGAUGGGAAAUGCAUUUGCUGGGAGUUUGCUACAGAUGACUACGACAUUGGGUUUGGAGUCUAUUUUGACUGGACCACGGUUACUAGCACUGCCAUUACUGUUCAGGUCAGCGAAUCCAGUGAUGAGGAGGAUGAAGAGGAGGAGGAGGAAAUUGAAGGACUCGCCCCUGUUGGUGAUGUGGAAAGGGGCUCCAAAAGCUAUCUGCGGAACCGCUACGGAGAGAUUAUGCCCGUAUAUCGGAGGAACAGCCAUCGGGAGGUGCAGGCAGGCAGCCACGAGUACCCAGGCGAGGGCAUCUACCUGCUGAAAUUUGAUAACUCGUACUCUCUUCUCCGCAAUAAGACUCUGUUCUUUCAUGUCUAUUACACUAGCUGAAGAAAUGGGAAGGGGCAGGGACAGCAGGCGGGUAAUGGUGAGUGUAGCAGGCUGCCACCCAGCCCUGGUACCGCCUGAUGGGCACUGCUGUGUGACAGAACCAAGGCACAAUUCUGCCGGCUCCUCUUCAGACACUAACUGGUUUCUCCCCACACCCUCCUUCCCCGCUGUCCAAGUGGAGAAAGGUAGUUGUGACUGCCUGGUUGUCCACAGGCAGCUGCUUUUUCUGUAAAACUUCGGGACGUCUGCUCUGUGCAGGCAUCGGGCUCGGCCUUCGUCUCACAGCCGGUGAAUGCCCAGAGGCCAGGUUCGGGUGGUCGUGGUUUCGAUCUGUUGCGCUGGUACGAAGUGAAAUGAAAAUAUUCUUGACCUGUUACUAUUUUGUGAAUAACUUUUCCAACUCUCCUGCUGCAUCUGCAUCACUAGAGGGCAGCUGUCAGCUGCAAUGAGCCAAAAGCACAGCUGGCUUGUCACCUAGCCACUGAUAAUCUCGUCGCCUGCCACCACAACAUGUCACCAGCAGCCAGUGCUUCCUUCACUCAUGCGGGU